AUGUCUCAACAGGUACCAACUCGGAAAUAUAGUGUUGAGAUCAAACAACAGUCAACUGAUUAUAAUCAAUUGGUCGAAUAUGCCGUGCGUGACUGCCUUUCAGUCACUAAACUAUCAAUUGCUGUUCGACAAAGAUGGUCUAGAGCUUUACUCGAAAAAUACUCGUAUACAAAAUCUAUUCGUACAAACUACAAUAAAGUUAACGACGAUCAAUGUUGUUCUAAACAACAAACUUCAUCUGAUGAAGUGAUUUCGUCACAACAAAUAAAUAAUAAUAAUAAUGAUCGUACUUACACAUUCGAGGAUUACGAGCCUAUCUCCGAUGAUGAUAUCAAUAAUACAAUAAAUGCCACUAUUGUGAUUCCAGUUUCUAAAUCUACGAAUGAUGAACCUGGAACAAAAAUAAGACAUGUAAUAAAGGUUGAACACGAGAAGAAACGCUCACACAAAACAAUUCGACGACGUUGUCGAAAACGAAAUGCAAUAAUACAUGCACAUAGACAUGAUUUUGACAUCAUUCAUACUGUAUAUCGUUGUUUUACCAUUCGAGAAAUUGAAAAUAUAUUGGAUCACGUUCAUAUAAGACGUCGCCAUUGUCACAUCCAUCAUCAUUAUAAAUUGCAUAUUGGUAUACGUUCUUACGAAGAUAAAUUACGAUAUGAAAAUGUUUUAAAUCCCGAAUAUUUCACCAAAGAACAUUACAUUCGGCAAUUGCAUUAUAUAUCACCAUUUUCACACAACAAUCCAGACAAUGUUAAAGAAAGUUGA